CAGCGCCCGCGGCCGCCGGGCCAUGGAGCUCAUCGAGCUGCGGGAGCUGCAGCCGGAGCCGCGGCCGGGCCGGGGCCGCCUGGAGCGGACCAACGCCUUGCGCAUCAGCCCGGCCCGCCGGCCCGGCACCGGCUCCGGAGCACACCCCGACCCGCGGCUGACGGCGGCACCGGGCGCCGGGCACCGCUUCGAGCCGCGGCGACGCGGGCUCCACACCUGGUGCGACCUCUGCGGGGACUUCGUCUGGGGAGGCGGCAGGAAGAGCCUCCAGUGCCGCCACUGCAGGUUCACCUGUCACUACCGGUGCCGGGCCCUGGUGCGGCUGGACUGCAGCGGCCCCCCGGGUGCUGGUGAUGAGGAUGAUGGCACCGAGCAGGAGCUGGAGAAGGACACCAACGUGGAUGAGCCUAGUGAGUGGGAGAAGGCAGAGCUGGACCAGGUGCAGGUGGAGCAGCGGAUCAAGGAGUACAACAGCCAGAUCAACAGCAAUCUUUUCAUGAGCCUGAACAAGGAUGGCUCCUACACUGGCUUCAUCAAGGUGCAGCUGAAGCUGGUGCGUCCUGUCUCAGUGCCGGCCACCAAGCGGGCAGGGCGGCCGGGGCCACGAGCCCAGGGGGUGAAGCGCCGCACGUCCUUCUACCUGCCCAAGGGGACCGUCAAACACCUGCACAUCUUCUCUCACACCCGUGCCAGCGAGGUCAUUGAUGCCCUCCUCCGCAAGUUCACUGUUGUCGACAACCCCCGCAAGUUCGCCCUCUUUGAGAGGUCCGAGAAGGAUGAGCAAGUGUACCUGCGGAAGCUGGCCGACGAUGAGCAGCCCCUGCGGCUGCGGCUGCUGGCUGGUCCCAGUGAGAAGGUGCUCAGCUUCGUCCUGAAGGAGAACGAGACUGGGGAGUGGGAUGCCUUCACGCUUCCAGAGCUGCACAACUUCCUGCGCAUCCUGCAGCGGGAGGAGGAAGAGCACGUGCGCCAGCUGCGGCACCGCUACGCCUGCUGCCGCCAGAAGAUGCAGGAGGCGCUGGCCACGCGCACGCCGGGAUGACCAUGCUGCCCAUGCCUGUAGCCAAGCAAUGUGCUGGGACCCUUGCCUGCCGGCGGGUGGGGGUACUGGGGUGGGGGGGAGCGGGGUACCCCGGGAGCCACUGGGCUAUCGCAGCCCCCAUGGGGCUGGCCUGGGGAGUGGGUGUCCCUCUGGGGAGCGAGUGUUCCUGGGGGGAAGCAGGGUGUUGAGCACCAAUAAAGGUAUCUGGGUGACGAGG